AGAGACCGAAGCAAGCCAAAGAGAGAGGACCGGAGGCGAGAGCUGCCGGGGAGCUGGACGCCGGGCUUUCCUUGAGGACGCCUCUGGAGCGCGGGUGGCUCUGGGGCUGGGGGUUGUGCUGCGGGGAGUACCGCCGGACCCCAGGAUGGACACUUCUGGGCACUUCCAUGACUCGGGGGUGGGGGACCUGGAUGAAGACCCCAAGUGCCCCUGUCCAUCCUCUGGGGAUGAGCAGCAGCAGCCACCGCCGCCACCGGCACCACCAGCAGCCCCCCAGCAGCCCUCGGGACCCUCGCUGCAGCCUCAGCCUCCGCAGCCCCAGCACCAGCCACCGCAUCCCCUGUCUCAGCUCGCCCAGCUCCAGGGCCAGCCCGUGCACCCGGGCUUGCUGCUGUCCUCGCCCACCGCUUUCAGGGCCCCCCCUUCCUCCAACUCUACCGCCAUCCUCCACCCUUCCUCCAGGCAAGGCAGCCAGCUCAAUCUCAAUGACCACUUGCUUGGCCACUCUCCAAGUUCCACAGCCACAAGUGGGCCUGGUGGAGGUAGCCGGCACCGGCAGGCCAGCCCCCUGGUGCACCGGCGGGACAGCAACCCCUUCACGGAGAUCGCCAUGAGCUCCUGCAAGUACAGCGGCGGGGUCAUGAAGCCCCUCAGCCGCCUCAGCGCCUCUCGGAGGAACCUCAUAGAGGCCGAGCCCGAGGGCCAAGCCCUCCAGCUCUUCAGCCCUGGCAACCCCCCGGAGAUUGUCAUCUCCUCCCGUGAGGACAACCAUGCCCACCAGACCCUGCUGCACCACCCCAACGCCACCCACAACCACCAGCAUGCCGGCACCGCCAGCAGCACCACCACCUUCCCCAAAGCCAACAAGCGGAAAAACCAAAACAUUGGCUAUAAGCUGGGACACAGGAGGGCCCUGUUUGAAAAGAGAAAGCGGCUGAGUGACUAUGCUCUGAUUUUUGGGAUGUUUGGAAUUGUUGUUAUGGUGAUAGAGACCGAGCUCUCUUGGGGUUUGUACUCAAAGGAUUCCAUGUUUUCGUUGGCCCUGAAAUGCCUUAUCAGUCUGUCCACCCUCAUCCUUUUGGGCUUGAUCAUCGCCUACCACACUCGUGAAGUCCAGCUCUUCGUGAUCGACAAUGGCGCGGACGACUGGCGCAUCGCCAUGACCUACGAGCGCAUCCUGUACAUCAGCCUGGAGAUGCUGGUGUGUGCCAUCCACCCCAUUCCUGGCGAGUACAAGUUCUUCUGGACAGCGCGCCUGGCCUUCUCCUACACACCCUCGCGGGCGGAGGCCGACGUGGACAUCAUCCUGUCCAUCCCCAUGUUCCUCCGCCUCUACCUGAUAGCGCGCGUCAUGCUGCUGCACAGCAAGCUGUUCACGGAUGCGUCCUCGCGCAGCAUCGGGGCACUCAACAAGAUCAACUUCAAUACACGCUUCGUCAUGAAGACGCUCAUGACCAUCUGCCCUGGCACCGUGCUGCUAGUGUUCAGCAUCUCUCUGUGGAUCAUUGCAGCCUGGACCGUCCGCGUCUGCGAAAGGUACCAUGACCAGCAGGAUGUAACUAGCAACUUCCUGGGCGCCAUGUGGCUCAUCUCCAUCACAUUCCUCUCCAUCGGCUAUGGGGACAUGGUGCCGCACACAUACUGUGGGAAGGGCGUCUGCCUGCUCACUGGCAUCAUGGGCGCAGGCUGCACGGCCCUCGUGGUGGCCGUGGUGGCCCGAAAGCUGGAGCUUACCAAAGCAGAGAAGCACGUUCACAACUUCAUGAUGGACACUCAGCUCACCAAGCGGAUCAAGAAUGCUGCAGCCAAUGUCCUUCGGGAGACGUGGCUAAUCUAUAAACACACAAAGCUGCUGAAAAAGAUUGACCACGCCAAAGUCAGGAAGCACCAGAGGAAGUUCCUGCAAGCCAUUCACCAGCUGAGGCGCGUCAAGAUGGAGCAGAGGAAGCUGAGCGACCAAGCCAAUACCCUGGUAGACCUUUCCAAGAUGCAGAAUGUCAUGUAUGAUUUAAUCACAGAACUCAAUGAUCGGAGUGAAGACCUAGAGAAGCAGAUUGGCAGUCUGGAGUCCAAGCUGGAGCAUCUCACCGCCAGCUUCAACUCCCUGCCGCUGCUUAUCGCCGACACCCUGCGCCAGCAGCAGCAGCAGCUCCUAUCUGCCAUCCUGGAGGCCCGGGGCGUCAGCGUGGCGGUGCCUCUACUUGGGAGCGGGAAGAGGAGAAGGCAGGUCGCUGCCUCCGGCAGGGCCCCUGCUGCGGAGCUGAUGGAGAACAGAAGCCCACACUCAAUCUCAGGUCUUCAUGUGGGGGCAGGUGCACUGACGUAGUGACAGUGACCCAGCCUGGAAGAGGGGCCCGCAGGGACGGGGGCUCGUGUCGGACCUGGGGGAUGGUUCCUCACCACUGGGGUCCUCGAGCACAUAGCUCUCCUUUCCUUUUGUCUACGGAAGCCUCUGGGUGACAAAAGUAAAAGAGAGGUGCCCACAACUUACCAAAACAGACAUCCCCAAUUUAGACUGAAAAAAAAAACCCCAUAAAUAAAAAGCCAGAUUUUCUGUCCAAUAUUAAUACCCAUAUAAACCCGUGUGUUUGCAGGCGUGUGCUUAUACACACAUCCUACAUUCAAUCCAGAUCCUUUUGGAUUAACCCAAAUAACAAGGGACCUGGUGGCUCACCCUGCACAUAGUAGGCACUCUCAAAUGGGUCCAGUGGUUUGAGUCUGGCAUGAGAUGCUUUUAGUUCAGGUGGUUGGUGAGUGUUGGCCACAUCUGAGCUUCACUCAAGAUGUAGCCCCUUCAAAUACAGUGCAGGCAGUUUGUCCUGGCUGUGCACUAUGCUUGGUGUAAGAUGCAGGCCAAGCCAAAAUGGUUGGCAUUCGGGAGGGACAAGGAGGCUUCUUUAAGAACAAACAGCUUCUGUAGAGUUUUCUUAUAUCCAAACAUGCUGUGUUUUGAUGGACCAAAUGACCGGGUGUAUGUGUUGAGGGGAGGAGACAGGGAUUGUGCCUGUGUACACAGAAAACGCAUAACCAAACGACACCUUGGUGACUGGAAGUGUGGUUUGGGGGCUUCCUGAGCUGGGUUUAUGCAGCAGCAGCUUCUUGCCCCAGAGAGUAGGAGUAUAAAAGGGCAAACUGCCGAUCAGGCGGAGGGGUGAUGGAGAGUGGCCCAUGUGGUCUCUUCUACCUGACCUGGAGCCAUGUCAAAAUGAAAUAAUGUGAGCGUGAAAGGAGCCUUUAGGGAGGCUGUAGGUAAGGCAGGAGGAUAUGGAUUUGUCAGUAGCCUGUUCCUACUGUGCCAUGUUAAUCUUGGUGCAAAAACUAUUCCAAUACAUCUCAAACUCCAAGAGACUUCAGAAAUACCAAGGUCCAGGGUAGUGACAGGCACUGAACAGUUUUUUCAUUGCUCCAUCAUCUGACCCCACAUGACAUUUGUGAUGUGAAAACCAUGUUAUUCAUCAUUUUUCUCAUUCUGAGGUCUUUGAUGUCCAUUUGUGAGAAAUUUAAUGAUACCAUAUGGAGUAUUUCAUCUGUUUAAGGUAAAAGAAAAGGGUUUUUGCAUCUGGCUGUCAUUUCGGUUUAGCUUUGGAGACAAACAUCAUUGUCAUCAUUCCGAAGGUCACACCUCACAGUGCUGUUUUCCUUCUGCAGCACUGAAUCUUCUAAAGUUGAGGGAACCACUGACAGCAAAAGGCAGGCGACCUCGAAUGAAGGCCACUCUUUAGGAAGGUUUGGUCUCUUGCCUCCCGCUGUUGCAGCUGUCCCUUCAAUGCUCCAUCUUCAUGGUCUGUCUUGGUAACUCCUUUGAGCAUUUUCAUUAGCUGUUUUGCACACUAGAGAUGCCACACCAGCUGCUGGCUUUUUAUUUUUUUACUUUUUCUUUGAACUACUGAUGUCUGAAAGAUCCCCCACCUUUUCUUUAUUUACGUCCUAAGAAAGGUGCUCCUGUCUUCAGCGACAGUUCAGCUGAACAUGGAAGCAAAUGUACAAACAGAUGAAAUACCCGUGCAGUUUCUCUGUGGCACGAGUUCCGUUUCACAAAGUAAAGUCCACGGACAGGUCGACUUGAGUGUGCCAGUCCUGGUCAUUUAACCUACAGCCCUCAAAUGUCAAUUCCACUUUGCCCCUUUCAUUCUGCUAUAACCCUGGAGUGUGUGUGUGUGCGCGUGUGGGCGUGGGUGUGCACAUAUGGGGAUUUAGUCUUAAUUUCCAAUAAAUGGUAGGCAAGAUUCCACUACCACUCCUCCUGCCCAAGAGUGUGCACAGACUCUGAUUUAUCCAUUGUGGUCUAUGGAUAAUUUUUCUUUAACCCAUCAUUGAUGCUCUUACUUAGGUAAGCCCUGGGAGACCAGGCUAGCAGCACUAGUUAAGGGACUGGCUAGAGUCCUUCCAGCAGCAGCUGCUGGCAUCCUGGAAACACGGGCAUUUGUAGUAUGGUUGGACUUACUGGUAGUGCAAUAGCUAUAUGGGGUUUUAUCCUUUACAAAAGAAUUCUUAUUAUGUAAAAAAAAAAAGUGCUCUAAAUCUGCAUGUUGAUCCCACAAUGGCAAAUGGAAGGGUACUUCUCUGUACUAGAAUUUCAGCUUUAUUUGGAAAGUUACCCAUCCCCCUGCAAGUACACUCUACCCUUGAUGAUUUAGGUAUUGAUUGUCCUGGGUGUAGCUUACCUAUGUUUUCUUCCUACAUCUUUUGGUUAAUUCCACUGCACCUCAGCAUCAUAGUCAAAUGGGAAAAGGGGGCAGGUGGGUCCUCAUGCCAUGCCUUCUUGUACCUUAUUUUCAAGUUUGGUAGUGGAGGAGGUUUAAUUAUCUACUCAAGAAUCAGCUGUAUAGAAAAAUGAUUAAUUACGAUAACUUUACUCCAACACUGAACUGAGUUAUGUCUGAUGGCAAAGCCCACACUAUAACCCUUCUGAUAACCCCAGCAGAAGUGCCCUGCUGUUCCCUAAGACAUCUAGACACUUGAAUUAGAAACACAGAGCCAGCCCUCAUCACGUAAGCCAUACGAUAAUAUUGUAGUUUCAUGUACUGUAGAGUCAGGGAUGUACUGUGACACUUUAAGACCACUAAUCUCAGUGGACUUCAGGAUAUAGCAUCAGUUGGUAAAUUAUACGAGACUAGGGGAUCACUCCUCCUUAGAUUGAAGUCCAAACAAAAAUCUGCACCUUGGGAUCGAAGGCCACAUGUGUGUGAUCAUCAUCAAUAAAUUGCCAUAAAGUGUCUAUGAAUUGCUCUUGCCAUCUUCAUAAUAUGUACCUUCAUGAGAUCAUAUCUCUAGAAAUGCUUGAUACAAUCCAAAAAAAAAAAAAAACAAGAGAGGAGGCCCUGAGUCACCACUGACUUCACUAGGGAGCAGGGGCCUAACAGCGAGCUUGUAAAACAUGAACCGCAGGGCAUGUGUAUGAGAGGAGAGCCCGAUGUGCUGGGUACGGGCAAGAUAUUGCUGUUAUUAAAGGCCAAGAAGGAACAGCACUGAAGAAAACAUUAUUUUACUAUAUUGGGGGAUUUUCCCCUUCAAUUUUCAGUAAUUUUCUUGUGAAUAAACAAUCCUGGGGAAAACAAGUGAUACAAAAUCAGAAUAAACAAAAAUUAAAACUUGAUCCCCACCCGAUUCCUUAUAACUCUGUACCUAAAAGAUAAUAUUCUCACACACAAACUAUCCGAGAGAAAAAACUGAAGUCACUGUUGUCAUAACAGCAACCCAGACUGUCUUUGUAGUCCGCACUUUGUUGCAUUUGAUUGCAGCCCAAUAGUUACCAAAAAGUAAUUGUUAUGUACCAAAUAGGUAGUGAAGUCAGUAGAGAGAAAUACGGGAUUAGCACAUAGUUCCAGGCCCUUCCUCCCCCUCCCGAGAGUGACCUAACCAAAAGAGUUCACCCCAAGGUAAGAGGCAGGGCUGAAAGAGGCUGUGCUGGCAUCACAGCAGCACAUCUGAGGUGCUGUGACGUCAUUGCACUGCCAAGGAAGUUACUAUUUUUAAGUCACUACUGUCUAAAAUGUUCCCAGUCUAUGUGACCAUUCCCUCUCCCUGAGAAGCAGACUAAGGAUCUGCCUUUUUGCUAUCCCAUUGGCUCUGCAGCAUGUGGUUCCAGCACUGUAGUUAGCUACCUGGAGGCUUCCCUGCCCCUGUGCGCUGGAUGGUGCCCUGCGCGAUGCCUCUUCCUGCUGCCAAAGUAAACGCAAUGGGGAUGGGGUCGGUGACGCCGCUAAGGAGUAUUACAGGGAUGGCAAUGUCAACUGUCUACCUGUGGUAGCAGGAAGCUUGUGUCAGGCUGCAUGAAUAGAAAUUAACAAAUUCUUGUCAGACAAGUAAUAUUUAGAUUUUUUAUUAAAAUAGACCGCAGCUUAUUAAAAAGUACUCAGUGCAAUGGUAUAUAAGUAUAUAUAGACAGGAAAAAAAUAACUGUGAUCUUUUUGUUUUACACCAUUACUGGAAAUACCCAAACAUGAACUGGAGUUCCCUCUGAACAACCCAUUGUCAAAUCUUCAACGAAUGACCUCCGAAUCUAGGUGCCAAGUGCCCUGUGACAGUUGUUUACACAUCUGAGAAAUGUAUUCUGGAAGCCGUAACCUUGGGCCUGACUGUGUCGAAACAAACAAAAGAGACGCUGUGACCAACCAAGCUGGUGGAGGAAAAGCACAAAAUUCAACACCAACCUGUGUUAGGAUCCCAAAGAGAUGCUGUCAUUUAAAGCCAAAACCAAACAGAAAAACCCCAACCAAUAUGAAUGUGAUUGGAACAGCCAAUGUCCAGCUUUGCAGAAGGAGGAUGGGGAACAAACAACAUCCCCUUGCUGUGUCGUACUGUCUGGGUGUUUGAAUCUCAACCAGAAUUGAUCCACCUUCAUCAGAUACUUUUUUAAAUGGUGAAACAACUCAGCUUUGGUCCCAGACUCUUGCUUCUGCACUGGCCACAAGAGAACAACAAAAGAGAGCAACAGGAUAUUAAUGGAGGAAACAUUUUCAUGGCAAACUCAGAAACUGAAGUGUUUAUAUUCAGAAUCAGACAAGCUUCAAUAUGAAUUUGCAUCUUGUCUCUGUACCGCUUGCUAUUUUUUAAUGAUAGGAGAAAGCAUAACAGUUUAUUUUACAUAUGAAAUAUAUUGCUAUAUUAUAAAAUAUAUUGUAACUUUCAAUUAACAUUUUGUAUCAAACUAGUGUUUGGCAGGUUGACUGACAGCCUGCCCUCCCAAGGACUGUUUCUGAGUACACAUCGCUGUUAGUGACUCCUGGACACCAGAUCAAGGGUCCUCACACCACAGCCUAUCAAACUGCCAUAUUCUAAUUCUCCAAGACUGAGUAUUAGAGACAAAAGAACAUUACUAUAAGCUUAGAAGAGUGAUUCUACCUUAAAUGCUAUCAAGCCAUUUCAGAAGAGAUUUUAAAAGCCAUCACUCCUUUAGUAGCUGUGCAAAGCCAGUUUAAUAAAACUACAGGCUCUUUCUGUAUAAAUGCAAAGCCCAUUCCAUAAAUUACAUACAUCUCAAAUUCUGCCAGCCAGUUUUCCCUUGGCAAUGUCAGAAAUGGGCAUAAGGAAGAUGCCUGUUUUCCCGUCACUCAAAAUACUCAAAAUUCUGGGCAAUAUGAAUUCUCUGUGUAAGUGAAACUGGGAUUGGAGUUCCAUCUACACAGGGCCUGGCGAGAGCCCAGCGUGCAGACGUGUUCUUCUGAGCUGGCUGCAUCCAGGUUUUCAUGUGUUUAGCAGCACCCUGGGGUGCGGCUCCUAGGGGAGUGAUGGGAGGGACAGGACCUGCACAGCAGAGAGUGGAGCUGCCUUUUCUGCUAGUUUUCUCUAGCUGGGAGGAAAUAAAGAAUUUCAACUGAGGUAUUGUUCUUUAUGGCAAAAUUAAGCCAUUAACCAAAUCCACCCCCCUACCCCCCUUCUAGCAGCCAAGAUAUAUGUAGAAUUUCUGAGUUUUUUCCUUUGAAUGACCAAGUUGUGUAUGGUGACAGAGCACAGGUUCCCUGGGACCAGUGAGCCUCCCGUCCAUGAGGACCUCUCUUGCUGUCAUCACUGUAGUAUUUAUUGUACAGGUGGGACCAGGCACGUCAGGGUAGAUUUAACUGAGCCUUCGAGUCUCUUCCCUUCACAAACUCUGAAAAGUCACAGAUUUACAGAGAGUGCAAAACAACAGAUUUUCUCCUGGGAAAAAAAGAUAGCAUCCUCUUGAAUUUCAAUUUAUUGGGGCUUAAAUAACACAGAUAAGGCUUGGGCCUCAAUGCCAUUAGUUAUUCAUGCCAUCUGAAAGAGAAAUGUCUACAUGCCAGGCUGCAGUCUGCUCCUGUAGCUGACCCCUAACGUGUACCACGUAUUUUUAAGGAGGGUAAAUUCUCCUGGUGUCUGUGUCAGUUACACUGAUCAACACUAAAACCAUCAGAACCCUGGGCACCCAUUUUUAGCAAUCUGUUUACUCACUGGAGAAUGGAAAGCAGCUUAUUCUUAGUUUUACAAUUGCCUGAUGAAUGUACUGAUGGUAAUUGAUUUAUUUCUUAAUAUUUUUCUGCUACUAAAUGGAACUGUCUCUUUUGGCUUUUCCUUCCAGCACUUCUCUCAGACUUUUACAGAAAGCAAAUAUAUUCUGACCUUUCCCUUCAAAGUUAUCAUCAAUCUAGAAUCAAGGAAACCAAUAUAAAUUCCUAAUCUGAGGAAGGAGACCUCUACACAAUAAUUAAUUAUAUGGCAUAUGCCAAGCCUUGGUACUCAAAGUGUGGUCUAUGGACCAGAAGCAUUAGCACAACUUGCAAGGUUGUUAGAAAUGCAGAAUCUCAGGCCCGACACCAGACCUUCUCAAUUAGAAUUGGCAUUUUAAUAAGAGACCCAGAAGCUCUGUCUGCACAGUAAAUAUUAAGAAGUGCUAAUCUCACCACACCAUGAUGAUAAUCAACCAUGUUAACAAUUGGACAAUUAAGCCAUUUCUUCCUUGAGUCUUAUUUACAGAAUUAUUUGAUCAUGUAAAGGUCCUGUAUGAUCACAAGGAUAAAGACAAAGGCAUCUUAAAAUUCCACUUGUGUUCAUAUGUAUAGCUUGAAUGGUGUACAUAAAACAUAGUGAAGUCGGUAAGAGGUAAUUUUUUUCCAGUCUAAUUUAUUUAUUUUAUUUAUUUUAUUUUUUUAUGUUUUUGCAGUUUUUGGCCAGGGCUGGUUUUGAAUCCACCACCUCUGGUAUAUGGACCUGGUGCCCUACUCCUCGAGCCAUAGGCACCGCCCUUCAAUCUAAUUUAAAAAGCACUCACUUCAGGAUGGCACCUGUGGCUCAAGGGAGUAAGGUACCGGCCCCAUAUGCUGGAGGUGGUGGGUUCAAACCCAGCCCUGGCCAGAAACUGCAAAAAUAAAAUAAAAAAAAAAAAAGCACUCACUUCAUAGCCUUGAGCCACCUCAAAGCCCCUUUUGAGUUUUUUUCAUUGUAGCCUAUUGCUGGCAGGGCUGCCAGAAUAUCAGGUGGUGCUCAGGGCAGGCCCCCUGAAAAGCUGCGCGGUGCCGGCCCAGCCCAGGUGGAGAUGGCUGCCUUUCUUGCUCCCUCCUUGAGGAGUUCAGCAUCCCACCAGUAAGAGCUCUCCUCCCCUAGAGGAAACUAGCAAGGGAAGUUAGUUUCACCAUUUAGAAACAUUCCUAAUCCCUUUUAAAGUUAAUUUUCUCAUUUAUUGCACCAACCAGAGACAUUCAAAAGUGGUCAAGGAAAGAUACAAAUUCUGAUGUUGGCAUAUGAACUGAUAUGUACCCAGAAACAGUCAUGUUCUAAAUUAAUGGCUUUAACCUGUUCAUUGUAAAAGUGCCUUGGACUUCAAUCUAAAGAGGUCAGUAUAAAUAUGUAUGUGUGUGUGUGACGUGUAUGUAGGCAAAUAUUUACACCUUUAUACAUACAUAGGUGCACACACAUAUACCCGCACAUUCAUAUAUAAUAUAUACGUACAUAUAUAAAUGCUCCAUAAUAUAUCAUAUUGCUAUUCAUAGCUCCAUUUCUUUUGUCUGGUCCUAUGUUUAUUUGUUUAGUGAGACCUUUACAUAGAGAGGUUCUAUUCAGAACAUUGAUGUAUUUUUUGUUUGUUUUUUACUUUUUAUUAAAAAGGUAAAGGAUAUUAAAAAAAAAAAAAAAAAAAGUCAAGUGCCUGAAGGUUUUGAAUGGAGUUUUGGUAAACUUUCUCAGGUCAUCAUCACCAAAGAGGACAUGAU